AUGGUCGUACACAAAUGAAUCACCAAAAAAAGGGUGAUACUUCCCCAGGAAAACAAGGGCCAAUCUCGCUGGAGUCUCACCUUUUUUACGGUGAUACAUUUGUGUACGACCCUUUUUUCUGUGAUACAUGCGUGUACGACCAUUUUAUCGGUGAUACAUUCGUGUACGACCUGUUUUUCGGUGAUACAUUUUGUAUCGCCGAAAAUUGGUGAGAUGUCUCACCGUCUGAAUUACAGUGUGAUUUGUAGAGUAGUGGAUGCGGGUUCCCAGGGUACAGCGAACUCCGUUCCUUGAGGCACAGUCUCCACUGUAUCCCCGGGUGCGGUAAACACCUUCCUUCGAUGCGCAGUGGGGAGUGGCAUCAAAAUUAACAGCCACAACCUUCAUUAUUUCUCCCAGGCGUUAGGAUUAAGUUAAAUGAGUCAGAGGUACCCCCACUGUUGGUCACCCGAAAUGCGUAGUUGUGGGUGAUCCCCAUUGGGUGCCGAUGACGACUUGCAUUGUGAUUGGCGCAAGUCAGCUUGGCCGAAUAGAAGGGGGAAUUAAUUAGUCGCGCCGAGGCUUCGUCGCCUCGGACAGCGCGACGAGUCGGUCAGAAGAGUUUCACUGCUUGACCGGCUCAACACCUCUUCCCUUUCGGCCCUCCUGCUCGCAGCCAGCACACCAAGGGUAAUUACCAUACGGGACUUGUGUUUUCGCCAUCGUCCAGUGUUAACGGACUUAAAAUAGUUCGGCAUCGUGCUAUACUUAGCAAACCGCUACUUGUAAUCUGUACUUGGGUGAGCAAGCCAGAGAAUCCUGUCUGGUGCGAGUAUCAAAAUUAUGACCAACUAGACCAAAUAAAUAUAUUAACAACCAACAGCCUCUGAUUAACCCUUCACUCCUGAGACCACACAGGGUGCCUUUACCCUUGACAAACCCAAGAGAGAACUAGAGAGUCGAACACACCAAGUUCACAUCGAACUCAAUAUCAACCCGAGCAUAACGUGGUUCCGAUACCUGUUCUCUCUCCUCAAAAGGUUUGUGGUUCUCGAGUGUAAAAAUUUUUUUUUUCUAAAUUUUUUUAUGGCUUUUAAAUUUAUUUCUUUAUGGACGUCGCAACCUUUAACCUAUUAACAAAUUUUCUAAAUAGUUGUGAUAACGUUGAUCUCCCUUACUUUGUACUUAGUACUAAAGACGUCCUUUCAGGUCGCCUCUGCACUGCAUUUUCGAUCCAACUUUUUCGAAAUUACCUUCCUUUGUAUACCGCUUUUUCGGGAGAAAAUCCCCGCGUCGCUCGUCAGGAGCACGCUAUCCAAUUAUUCCAGGCAGCAGUCCCUGCUCAGCGAAUUCGACACGACGUUAACUUUUUCUUCGUCCGUGCUGAGCCCCAUCCAAAUACUGAUAUUUUGCGGUUUCCUCUUACGCAAACUUACAAUUUUUUAACUGCUCUCCGCAACCUCCCAGCCGCUCAGGCGUCCGCUGCUGUCCGUGCGGCGUUCGAGCACGUUCCACAUUGCCAAGUAGAUUACGAAAACCGAAUUUUUGAUAUCCCACCACCUCCUCAAGCUUUAUUGCGUCGCCCUACCAUGGCUCAUUUUACUAUUAAUCCUGUCCUUCCGGUUUUCAGUGGUUCUGACCCGGAAGAAGACAUAAAUUUGUUUUUCGCCCGUUUGAAUCGUAUUUUCGAUUGUUACGAUGAUAUGACGCCAGCUCAUUAUUUAGUCCAUUUGGAAAACCAGUGCCGCGGCCCUGCCCUUUCUCUUUUCCAUGCCGAAUUGCAGUGGCUCGAACAAAACCCCCGUGCACCGGGUGCAAAUGACGACCGAACACCUUUGCAAAGAUAUAACCAUAUACGUGAUAAAUUAAUUGAAACUUUUGCUGUAAAUCGCGAUACAGAACUUUAUCGCGAACAGCUUCAAUCUAGAUGCAAAUUGGACUCUGAAUCGUUUCAAACAUACAUGGAAAACGUUCUCAGUCUUUGUCGUCGCGCUGGUAUUGUUGAGCAAGCCGAAAUUCUGAAACAUUUGCACAAGGGCUUGCCUUACGCCAUUGCUUUGGUCCUGAAACCCGACGACCUUACGCUGGCAAACUUUCUGGAACGAGUACAGCGCAUAGAUCAAAUCCAUCGCGCGUCCAUGCGCACUCGUUCUCUUAAGGCAAUGGAAAGUUGUUAUAAUUCAACCACUGCUUCUCCAUUUGUUUCUGAUUUGCCAAAUAUUUUCAAACCACCCAGUAUUGUUAAGCAAGAGGCCGUUACAGCCCCAGUUCCACCUAAAGCUGAACAAAACCCCGCCACGGCUUCCCUUGUUAUCGAUAACUUAAUUAAUAAAUUGCAAAAUUUAAUAAUUCAAAACAAGCCUGCCACUGUUUCCGCUGUCUCCAGCGACGCUCCCCUUAACUCUGCCGCCCGCAGAGGCAACUUUAGCCCCUAUCAAUCACCCCAGCGUUCUCCUCGGAACGACCGCCGUGACCAGUCUUAUCGUCGAGACUGCGGCGAUCGUCGCUCCGAUUCUCGCCCUUCCCGCCGCGAUUACGAUGAUCGCCGCUCGGAUUUUCGUCCACCCCGUCGUAACUACGACGAACGCCGCCCUGACUUUCGUCCUCCCCGCUCUUUUAACCGUGAAGAAGGGUUUUCCCGAGGCCCAUCCCCACGGUUUUCCGAUAAUCGACCGAUGAAUUCUGACUACCGGAAUGAUCGCAGGUCUUACCGCCGCGAUUAUGAUAACAGGCCAUCGCCUCGCUAUUCCUCCACCAAUGGAGAUCCAAGCAUCUAUAGAAGCAACUCGCGCUGCUCGCUGGGGGCUCCGCCCCCAGACCCCCGCAUGUGUGGGGCGCGUGCCGAAGUAUUUUCAGUAAGUCCGUGGUGACCAAAGGCUAAUUUUCUAAGGAAGUAAAUGUACUGCUUCUAUGAAAGGCCUAUUUAACAGCUUUAGACCAUAUAAUAAGCUACUUUUACUGCCCAAAUAGAUAGCUUGUAUUGCAUUCGCUACUGUGGCAGUCAAUGGGUGCAUACAAGGUCCGGAAAAUAUUGAAGACUGCUUUGACAAGGAUAGAGGU